GAUUACAAAAUAUUGACAUUUUUGUCAAAAAUUCCCUUUCGAUAAUUGCUUGUGUUUAUUAUUACCGGAAAUAUUGCAGUUCAAUAGUUGCGCACCUAAUUAACGAUGGCGAUACCAGUUCGGAUAUGGAUAAUCGUCAUGAUCUUUUUCACCACCUACAUAAACUACACAACGAGAAGUAAUAUGUCCAUGAGCUUGCCCGCCAUGGUUAAACUCUUAGACAAAGGAAAAGUUGUCAAUGUGCCGCACUGCAGGAAAGGUGACCCGACUUUCAACCCGAACAAAACUCAAGACGACACUGGAGUGAGAUUUCACUGGAGCCAACAUACCCAGGGACUCGUGCUAGGUGCUUAUUUCUACGGAUACACCCCAGGAAGCCUUCCAGCUGGUAUAAUAUCCGAAUGGUGGGGACCGUUUUGGACCAUAUUCGUCGCAACUGCAGUGUCGGCAGUUUUGAACGAGCUAUGCGUGUGGGGCACUCACCUACAUGUGGGAUUCUUGUUCGCCUGCAGGUUUAUAAUAGGAUUCAUGGGCGGUCUUGUGUAUCCAGCCCUGCAAUGUCUAAUAGGCCGAUGGGCACCGCCACAAGAACGAGGCAAAUUUGUAAGCGGUCUAAUGGGUAACACUUUGGGCACUUGUCUUACGUGGAUCAUAGUCGGAGGCGUGACUAAAGCUUGGGGAUGGGAGUGGGGCUUUCAUGUUUUGUCCAUUCAAAUCGUGAUCUUCUUGGCUGUGUUUUGGGUAUUCGUAUCCGACAGUCCUGAACUUCACACUUGGAUAACUGACGAGGAACUCAAGUACAUUAAAGACUCUCAAGCGGGCGCUGUGACGAAAACAAAAGCGAUGCCUCCGUAUAAACAAAUUUUUACGUCGUUUCCAUUCUGGACGCUAUGCUUGCUUCACUUUGGAAACUUGUGGGGGCUCUACGUGCAAAUCGCCGUAGUCCCGAAGUUUAUCGCUGAAGUCAUCGGUUUCAAUAUAAGGGAUUCUGGAUUGGUUAGCUCGUUGCCGCAUCUCGUGCGGCUCUUUCUAGGACUCGGCUACGGGGUACUCGGAGACUACCUCAAACGAACGAGGUUCAGCAGAGAAGUAGUGCUCAAAUCAUUCGUAACGUGCUCUCACAUCAUUCCCGGAAUACUGAUGGCUUGCAUGGGACUCGUCAAGUGCAACUACUACGGCGCCAUCGCCUUGUUGGUGCUCAGCAUGUCGAUCAACGGAGCCGUGGUGUUGACGAAUCUGUCGAAUCCGACGGAUCUUUCGCCAAAUUUCGCGGGAACCAUCUUCGGCAUAAUUAGCUUCAUAGGAGGAACUACCGGGUUUAUAGUACCGCAGAUAAUGGGUGCGCUGACGGCCGCCUACGGGAAUAAUUUCACCGCGUGGGGUUGGGUGUUCGCGAUCGGCGGCAUAGUGUACUGCAGUUGCGGUAUAUUUUUCAUUAUUUUCGGCACGUCGAAAAUUCAGCCGUGGAACGAGAAGAAAGACGACCCGGAAGGGGCGCAAACGACUUCGGCCGGUUAA